CCAAAACAGCAUGCCGGCCGACAGCCUUGCCUCCGUGGUUGGGGAGCUCCAGGGCGUGCUGUCGAAAGAUGUUUCGAACGCCGUCGCGCAGGAGCGCAGCCUAUUGAGCGAGCGCCGCCGGGUGUUCCACCGUCUCCACCGUCAGCGGCGGCGGAGGCGAGGCGCGGCCCACGCGGCGGCUCAGGAGUCGCCGCCCACGUUUCUGGUCCUCGGCUUCGUGACCAAUCCGCGUACGCCAAAGACGCGCGAGUGGAUCCGCCAGACCGUGCUCGUGCCAGCAGCCGAGGUCGGCGCCCCGGCGCUGAUUCGCUUCGUCGUGGGCAAGCGCGGCCUCUCGCCUCGCGACGUGCAGCAGCUCGACGACGAGCGGCGGCGCGUCGGGAAGGACGACUUUGCCGUCGUCGACGCGUCCGACUUCAACGAGGCGGGCGGCAUCUACUCGUGCAUCGACAAGCUGUUCGCGUGGUUCCGCCACGCGCCGGUCGCCUACCCGGGCGCCUCCUUCUACGCAAAGGCGGACGACGACUCGUUCGUCGACGUCGCGAGGCUCGCCUCCUUCCUCCGGCCGGCGGCGGGCCUGCCGCGCGUGUACGGAGGCUACCUCCAGUACGACUCUUUCGUGACAGAGGAGUGGAGGCACUGCGGCUGGUCGGCGGGGCCGGUCGGCGCGGCGCACGCGCGGAGGCACGGCUGCCCGAAGGAGCGGCGCGUGUACGGCCCCUUUCCAUUCGUGGUCGGGGCCCUGACGGUGAUGGGCGGAGACUUGGGCGACUGGUUCGCGUCUUCGCCGCACGUGGCGCGCCUCGUCGAGAAGGGGCGGGGCACCUGUUCACAGCAGGAGGUGUGAAGAGACGCUGUUCACAGGCGGGGCUCGUCGAGAAGGGGCGGGCGACGCAAGGGA